CCUAAUUUCUCUUUCCACAAUCUCAUUCUAUCUGUUCUUUUGCCCCCUCAAAUAUGCAACCCUUCAAGCUCAUAAUAUCCCUGCUUCUAUUGCUCACCGCGCCUUCUUAUGUUAGCUCUAACUCAGACUACUUGCCUUCUGAGUGCUUAAAGGUUCCCACUUCCACAUUUGUCAGCUCUUUGCAGACCGCCAUUGGCUUCAUACGAGACGCCACUCCUAUCAUUUCUCAGUUUGCUAAUACGCUUGGAGAUUUUCGCCUUCAAAAUGCUGUGUUAGAUUGUCUUGAUUUGCUUGAUUUUUCAGUCGAUGAGUUGGACUGGACUGCCUCUGCUUCUCAAAAUAUUAAUGGCAAAUAUUACAGCAGCGGUGAUCUAAGUUCAGAUUUGAGAACAUGGUUAAGUGCUGCACUGACUAAUCAGGAGACAUGCAUGGAAGGAUUUGAAGGCACAAAUGGGAUCGCCAAAGGCAUGGUAGAAGGAAGCCUUCAACAAAUCUCUUCACUGGUUAAAGAACUUCUAAAAAUGGUGCAUCCUGUCUCUAGUUUAAAGUCCAAAAAAAGUAGCCAAUUUCCCUACUGGUUUAAACGGGAGGACAGGAAAUUGUUGCUGGUAAAUGGGACUGAAGCUGAUGCCAUAGUAGCGGCAGAUGGCACUGGAAAUUAUACCAGCAUAAUGGAUGCUGUGUUGGCUGCGCCGGACUACAGAAUGAAGAGAUACGUAAUUUAUAUUAAAAGGGGUGUAUAUAAAGAGUAUGUGGAGAUCAAGAAGAAGAAAUGGAACCUUAUGAUGAUUGGAGAUGGAAUUGAUGCUACAAUUAUUUCUGGGAAUAGAAAUUAUAUUGAUGGCUGGUCCCCGUUCAGGGGUGCCACCUUUGCUGUAAGUGCAGUAGGAUUCAUAGCACGAGACAUAACGUUUGAGAACACAGCAGGACCAGAGAAGCACCAAGCUGUUGCGGUACGAUCAGACUCCGAUCUCUCUGUGUUUUUUCGAUGCGCCAUUAGAGGCUACCAAGACUCGCUCUACACGCACGCGAUGCGCCAAUUCUUCCGUGAAUGCAAGAUCAGUGGCACUGUAGACUUCAUAUUUGGCCACGGCACUGUCGUGUUCCAAAACUGCGAAAUCCUGGCGAAAAGAGGCCUGCCAGAUCAGAAGAACGCGAUAACUGCUCACGGUCGCAUAGACCCCGAUGAACCAUCAGGUUUCUCUCUCCAAUUCUGCAACAUCACCGCCGAUUCCGACCUCUUACCCUACGUCAAUUCCACCAGAACGUACCUCGGGAGACCCUGGAAGAUAUACUCUAGAACCAUAUUCAUGCAGAAUUAUAUCAGCAAUAUUGUAAGGCCUGAAGGAUGGCUGGAGAUGAAUGGAAGUCUUGGUUUGGAUACAUUGUAUUAUGCAGAGUAUAUGAAUUAUGGGGAGGGGGCUGGCGUUUCUAGCAGAGUUAAGUGGCCUGGUUAUCAUGUGUUGAAUAGUUCUAGUGAAGCCAUUAAUUUUACUGUGGCACAAUUUCUUCUUGGAGACUUGUGGUUGCCAUCUACAGGUGUUCAAUAUACAGCAGGUUUGGCUGCGUGAGAAGAAAUUGCUACAUUUUCUUACAUAGAAAAGGGGGUCAUUUUGGAAU